AUCUCUCUCUUGCUCUCUUGCCCUGCCUCGAAGAAAGAAUGACGCACGCAGCCCUGACUUGGUGCUUGGCAGUACUGUCGCUUUUUUCCAGAGAUGAUGCUUUCGUCGUCCGGCGAUCUCUUUCAAGUGCAUACAACCCCGCGGCUGGCAGGCGCUCGAAACAUGAGGUGAUCUUUGACUCUCGAUGGAACCGGGAUUCACCACCCGUUGUCAACCUACGGGGUGGAGGGGGACAGGUGCAGCAGGUCGCCACGCAAGAGGAGCUCGAACAGGUUAUCUCCAACAGCAAUGGUGCUCUCGUAGUGAUCGACUUCACAGCAACGUGGUGUGGUCCCUGCCAGAAGAUUUCGCCUGUGUUUGAGCUCCUGAGCCAGGAGUUGACAGACGUGGUGUUCUUAAAGGUCGAUGUGGACGAAAACGAGGAAACCGCGCAAAAGUACGACGUCGUUCAGAUGCCCACCUUUCUGUUCAUGAGAAAAGGUGAGGUGGUGGAUCAGUUCUCUGGUGCUAGCGUCGCUAUGCUGCGAGAGAAGAUCGAGGCUCUCCGAGGGGAUGGGAGCAACGCCGAGGCGGCAGAACAUUGUGAGCCGGAGGAAGGCGGGGACACGGAAGCGGCAGAAGACGUGACGGACUCUUGAGCGUCGGGUUUUCUUCCGAAUGCGAACACGGAACAAGUUCACGAAACUCUGAAAUCAGGCGGUAGAAGUCGCAGUUUGCUGUGCGGUCAAGAUGAUACCCCGGCGGUAUCUCAAGCGCAGUCUUGUGGAAAGGAUGGGACUGGCCCUGCCUUUCAGACACACCUUCAAUCGUGUGGUUGGACGUAUACUUUCAAGUAGUCGCGUGGCCAAGAGCAAUUGCGGCAAGGUGUGAGGUUUUGUGUCAUGGCGCAAGUCGCUUUGAAACAAAAAGAAUCGCGUUUUGGUUCUCUCUCGCGGGUGUUGCGCACGUGCCAAGAAUUGUGGGAUGAGGUUGCCCGAAAGGAAUCCUCGAACGAGUUCUCUGGAUGGUACAGGUGCUGGGUUCAGAUCCUGGCACAUGCACUGGUUGAAAAUGUUGUGAGUUUGCAUGGUUGAGGGCAAGGUGACCGCUCAACUUCGCGUCAAAACUGAAGGUGCACAUCGUAGAGGGCCUCCUUGACCCCGGAUCGUAGCUCCUACGCAUAGAAGACAAGUUCGUGCGGUAGGUCGAUACUGCGAGCGACGGCGGUACGUCAGGUGGAACCAUUGACCAGAACAAUGAUGCAUGCUAGCUUGCCCAUCCGGGCGUAAGGUUGAUAUAUUUCAAGAACUUGUGUGUCUACGGGAUUGGCCAUUCCAAAGCAGCUUGAUUCAAUCGGUGUUUUCACCUUUGUGGAAAUUGAAAGCCUUAAACUAUGCACGUCUCCACAUACGUAUCCUGUGUGCCGCCUUCCUAGUUCACUAUUUAGCGUACCUCAUGCGUAGAUGCGGGGUCGGUUGAUACGACAACCCGCGCUACCUUGCGAAUUGCAGACAGCAAUCGGUUCCUCGUGAGAAGCGUAAACGAGAAGCGUAACCAAACCACGGCGCCGCAAAAAAACAAGGCAACACCCCAAGCCUAAACAACGCCAGGGUACGGCUGCAGUACUUGAACGGAGUCACAACCGUACGGAGCGGGGACUAGACACGCCAAGCGCUUCCCUGAAAGUAUCUCCGGCCUGCCGGUGGCGAAGCUUGAGUAACGACCCCCGAGCACGAAAGAGUCAGUACCUCGGAGUGUACAUAACAGAGCGAAUGUGGGCCUCAAGAUCUGCAGGCUUCGGCAACACGCUGGCCUGUCCUGUGGCGUACUUAUUGGCUGCGAUUGCGACGGCCACCUUGAGUGACACCUCACGGAUGUCUCUCAAGGGCGGGUAUACGCACGAGGCGUCCAACUGGUC